AUAAACAAUGACCCCCAGAUUCGAUGGACAGUAUAAUAUUUUUCGAAGCAGGGGAAAGCGAUAUUACUACUACAACUUCGGUGUUUUCCAGCAGUCGGUAGUUAGUUGAUGCUAGCUAGCUACACCAAGAAGCGUUCAAACGUCUGGAAGGUUGGCUACAGCAUCCUUACUUUAGGGGGUCUUUUUGGGCAUCAUUGAAAAGUUUGGACAUUUCUUGCUUGCAAAGAAGAGGGACUGUGGAAGCGAUGGCAGAUUGGAAGCUACCAGUGAGCUACAAUCCAUCCUACCAUGCUUUUGCCUAUGGUCUCAUGUACCAAACAGGGCCUGAGCAAAAUCAUCCCAACUUCUCCGGCUGGGCAGAGGCCGUGUACAACUCUGGGGUCAGCGGCGGCUACCACCAGCAAGCUCAGCAUCAAUCCCCACCCAGGAAUCCCGAACACAACAUUGGUAAUGGCAAUUCCCACUACCCAGGCCCUGUCAUGUAUCUCGGCGACCCUCAGAGCCAUACUCCGAGUGGAGGCCUUUUCAUUCACCACAACCGGACUCCGUUUGAUCAACCGCCGAAGGAGAUCGAGCAGCCAGGUAACUACACUCAAAGAGAUCCAGUGUUGCACAGAUCACCAGAUUCUUGGACUUCGGAGAAAAUCUAUCCCCAAACCAACCCUGCCACCUGGGUGAAAAGGGAGUUGGAAGAGGAGAUGGAAAGUGGAAGCCCAAAUGGUAGUGAGCUUGUCUCUAGCUCCUAUCCAGAGAACACAAGCGUACAAAUUCUGGGGAGUGAGGACAACGCCCCACCGUCUUUGCCCUUGCCUCUCCCAGAGAAAGCGGACAAGGACACCCCCAAACAAAAAGCUCGGACUGCUUUUUCAACAGGCCAGAUGGAUGCCCUGACCCAUCGGUUUAACAUGCAGAGGUACCUCUCCCCUGCUGAGAUGAAGGCCCUGGCUGGACUGACGGGGCUAACUUACAAACAGGUAAAAACUUGGUUCCAGAAUCGCAGGAUGAAACUGAAAAGGCACCAGAAAGACAACGGUUGGGAAUCUGCUGGGUAUCCAAACCCUGGCUACCCUAACAUGCCACCACGCCCUCAGUUUCAGGGAGAAGCCCAAACACAGAUUCUGGAUCAUCACUCCAACACUCAACAGUUCCAAGAGGCCAUGUUCAAGAAGAGCCCCCAGCAGAACCUGCCUUACUACACAGGUGGAUACCCUCAGCCAUCCUCCUCUCCCUCCCAGGCCCCUGCGAGGCCCCUGGGCAACUGGCCCCUGCCACCAGCCAUGAACCACUAAUGGCUUCUACAGCACAGUAAGGGGCUACAACAUGGACAGUGUAAAACACGACUCCAGCAUCAGGUGACGACAGGAGCCCUACUCAACCCAACAGCUCCAUGCGCCCCUGUUUCACAAUGCUAGCCAAUAAUCCACAGGGGAAUGUCUCAGUGGUAAAUCGACUGUUAUUUUUUCUAAAUGUGUGGUUUGUUUGGAAGGAUUAAGGUUGAGAUUCAGACACAGGUUAUUCUCAAAUAAUGCAGUGUUGGCUAAUUAUAUCAAUCCAUCUUAAUAAUUUGUAGGUCUGUUUGGACUUUUAUCCCUUAUUCAUAUGUUUUAUCUCAUUGUUGCCUUAUUUUUAAAAAAUACCUUUCCAGAGUAUUUAAUAUCGUUGAAGAGUUCAUUGCUCCUUUUGCUUUUUUACACUCAACUCUGACAAAGUUUUUCACUGUCUGUGUUGGAAGAAGUGGCAGGCUAUUUUUUUUUUUUUUUAAGCCAUCACUUUUAUUUAAUUUUUUUUAAUUUUUUUUAAGCUACACAUCUGAACGUGUGACCUUUCUCUUUUUUACUUUUUUGAAUUUUACCCCUUUUCUCCCAUAUUUUUACAAGUUAUGCUUUGUUUUUGUUUUUUGGAUCAUAAACCCUGUUGGUUUACAGUCCACCUGUAAUGAAAUGAUGUGGCCAUGUUGGUGGGAUUUACUUGUCUUUGUCUUUACACGGGGCAGUUUUCUUUCAUAGGCAGACUUGUUUGGAGAACCCACCAACUGUUAAAAGCUCUACACGGAACGCUUCGACCAGGAUUGUUGGUAAUGUCAUCUUGUUGCCUGAUCUGUCACUCUUGCAAAGGGGGAACAAUGACUGGUUGUACAAAUAAAGCAUGUCUUAUCAGAGCAAACA